GGAGGCGGUGCCGGAUUCGCCAGCAGCCAGGGCUGGAGGGAACCCUCGCCUCGAAAAUCCAAAACUUUUGGAAGAUCCCCAUCUAGGAAGCAGAACUACUCUUCAAAAAAUGAAAACUCUGUGGAAGAAAGUUUUGAGGAUCUGCUCUUGAAGUAUAAGCAGAUACAGUUAGAGCUUGAAUGCAUUAAUAAAGAUGAAAGACUGGCUUUGAGCAACAGGGAAGAAAGUGAACAACAAGAUGAUGAUAAAACAGUGGACAAUGAGGACCAAGUAACUGUAGAAAAUGACAGUAUUACAGCAGAUGCUAUAAAAGAAGUAUCUCCUGAGGAGAAAAAUCCGGUUAUAGCCUUUCAGGCAUUUGAACUGAAACCUCUUAGACAAAAACUGCCUACUCCAGCUGAGAGGAGCAGAUUAAAAAAAGGCAAAGAAGGAGCAAAACAGUCAUCGCAAAAAUCUGAAGUCACAGAAUCUGGCCAAGGUGCAGAAGACAAAGAACAAACAUCAGUGCGAAAACUUAGCAGUUCAGAUGUUACGUCUGAAAAGAAGCUGCUUGAUGAUGAGGAGGAGAUGUCUGAAUUGCAACUUAGGCUUCUUGCACUUCAGUCUGCUAGUAAAAAAUGGCAGCAAAAAGAACAACAGGUGAUGAAGGAAAGCAAGGAAAAAUUAACAAAAACGAAAAGCGUAACACAGAAAGUCAAAGCCAGUACAAAAGCACAUUCAACCAAAAAAACUAGUGCUACAGCUAAGCAAGGUUUGAGGAAACAACAGACAUCAAAGAAGAUGCAGCAGCAAAAGGAACAAGACAGGCGUCAGAAAGAGGAAGACCAGAGGAAACAAGAAGAGGAGGAGAGAAGAAAGAGAGAAGAAGAAAUCAGAAAAAUUAGGGACCUCUCAAAUCAGGAAGAGCAGUACAAUCGAUUUAUGAAGCUGGUUGGAGGAAAGAGGAGAUCAAGAAGCAGGUCUUCAGAUACAGACUUGAGAUGGUCUUUGGAUAAGCCAUCUACAGAGAGUGCAGGAGGCAUAUAUCAGUAUGAUAAUUAUGAUGAAGUUGCUAUGGAUACAGAUAGUGAAACAAACUCUCCAGCUUCUUCCCCAGUGCAGCCUCCUUUCUUUGAGUGUCCAAUAGGAUAUUUUCCACCUCCAGUUCCACCAAUCUCCUUGCCACUGCCACCUCCAAUUCCACCUGUACCAUCUUUGAGCCAACUUUAUGUGGAAGGUAUUUCUUGUGUUUCUCUUGAGCCACCUCCACCUCUUCCACCUCUUCCCCCUGAAGAGCCUGAGCAGCCACCAAAACCUCCAUUUGCAGAUGAAGAGGAGGAAGAAGAGAUGCUCCUAAGAGAAGAAUUACUUAAGUCUCUAGCCAAUAAACGAGCUUUCAGAUCUGAGGAAACAUCAAGUAACAGUGGCCCACCUUCCCCUCCUGUUCCAGAUAAUUUGCAAUCCGUGCCAAGAAGCAAUUUGUCUGCUGUCAGUAUUAAUACUGUGUCCCAGCCACGAGUACAAAAUACAAAGUUUGUUAGAGGACCAAGGCUUCCACGAGCAGUGAUCACACUUCCAAAGCACAAGUCUGUUGUGGUUACAUUAAAUGACUCGGAUGAUAGUGAGUCUGAUGGAGAGCCAUCUAACUCAACUAACAGUGUGUUCGGAGGACUAGAAUCUAUGAUAAAAGAAGCAAGGAGAAAUGUUGAGGCCUCAAAAAUCAAAGCCCCUCCAAAAUCAGAAAAAGAAAAUGAUCCAAUGAGAACUCCAGAGGCUCUACCAGAAGAUAAGAAGAUAGAAUACAGACUCUUAAAAGAAGAGAUUGCCAGUCGUGAGAAGCAACGCUUAAUUAAAUCUGAUCCGCUGAGGAACAAUUCGUCCCCUGCAAAUUCUGAUGGUGAAGUUGAUGGAAUGGGCAGAAUAGCGGUAGUGACAAAACAAGUCACAGAAGCAGAAGCAAAGCUUAAGAAAAACAGACUUCUGUUGAUGAAGGAUGAAUCUGUCUUGAAACAUUUGUUGCAACAAGAGGCCAAGAAGAGAGAGAAUGUUCGAAUUGCCGAAAAUAAAAUUAACAAACUGGCUGAACAGCUACAAGCAACAGAGAAGAUCUUGAAUGCUAAUAAGAUGUUUCUCAAGAAGCUUCAAGAACAAAUUCAUAAAGUUCAACAACGAGUUACAGUUAAAAAAGCUCUGGCAUUAAAAUAUGGGGAAGAACUGGCUCGAGCAAAAGCAGUAGCAAGUAAGGAAAUUGGGAAACGAAAACUGGAGCAAGAUCAUCUUAGACCAAGCAAAAUGUUGAAAUUGGAGAACUCCCCUGCAUCAAGUCCAAAAAAGCAUUCAGCAGAAUUGAUUGCACUAGAGAAAAAACGACUACAGCAACUAGAGUAUGAAUAUGCUCUAAAGAUUCAGAAAUUGAAAGAGGCCCGUGCACUUCAAACCAGGGAACAAUCAAAUAUUGCACCUCAUGCGGAAGAGGAAUCUGAAUUUGCAUUACCUCAGCCAUCACUUCACGAUCUUACACAGGAUAAAUUGUCUUUGGACAGUGAAGAAAACUACUUUGAUGAUGAAGUUCUGUCUAAUUCAAGCCGAGAACGAAGGAGAUCUUUCCGAGAAUCUAAUUCUUUCACUAAACCAAAUCUUAAGCACAUGGACACUCCAAAACAAGAAACUGUAAACAAACUUUCUAAAAAGGCAUCAGAGGAGCCUGAGCUGUUCCUUGGGUUGAAUAUUGAUGAACUGAAAAAACUUCAUGCUAAAGCUGACAGCUUGAAAGAGCUGCUAGUGAAAAGUACUGAGUUUAUAGUACCUAAAGAAGAUCUGUUAUGUGGUCAGGAAAUUUCAGUGGAUAUGGAUUUUGUUACAUCGCAAAAUAAACAAACUGAAGUGAAACCAUUUCCGUUUGGACCGUAUCAUAGUCCUCUUCUAGUAUUUAAAUCCUACAGGUUUAGUCCGUAUUUUCGAACCAAGGAAAAACUGUACCUCAGUUCAAUAUCGUAUAGCAAUAUGAUUGAGCCAAAACAGUGUUUCUGCCGUUUUGAUUUAACAGGCACGUGUAACGAUGAUGACUGCCAAUGGCAGCACAUGAAAGAUUGCACUCUUAGCCGUAAGCAGCUGUUUCAGGAUAUUCUCUCUUACAAUUUAGAACUGAUUGGCUGUUCGGAAAAAAGCACCGAUGAGGAAAUCAGCACUGCUACAGAGAAAUAUGUUGAAAAACUUUUUGGUGUAAACAGAGACCGUAUGUCAGUGGAUCAAAUGGCUGUUCUUCUGGCCAGCAAUGUCAAUGAGAGUAAAGGUCACACACCUCCAUUUACAACGUGGAAAGAUAAAAGGAAAUGGAGACCAAAGUACUGGAGAAAACCUCUGUUAGACAGUAGCAGCAGUGAAGAGGAACAGUUCAUUGGACCUAUUAAAUAUG